GAACUAUGACCUAGAUGAGGUUUAAAUGUCCUAGCAGCAGCAAGAAGGAUGACAACAAUACCGACAGCUGACUUUUUGAAUUGAAUUUAAAACUUCGUUUGUGUAGAUUAAUGAAUUUGUUAAAGUAAUUUAGUCGUUUAUUGAGUGAAAUUGAUUGAUUGUAAUGAUGGAAUGUGCUGAGCUUGAUUGCAGCGUCACUUUGCAGACUCUAAACAUUAGUGGCGAAAUCAUCAAGAGAAGUACUUCAAGAAAUGCGAAUGUUGUCAUCGGCCGAAAUCAGUUUAAGGAUGUCAUCCUUAAAGUGACAAUUAACAAUAAUGUCACUAAAUAUGACUUGUCUGAUAUCAAACUUCAUAAGCGAUUUGUAAGAGAGGGGAAAGCAACCAUAUCAUUCCCACAGAAGAAGACACAAGUAUUGCUAUCCAACUGUCCCCCUCACAAACUGAAUGCCCUCUUAAAGUGUAUUGCUUUAAAAGUGGAGUGUGCUAAGGCAGAGAAGCCUGUAUCAGCUCGAAUGCGAUUGCUAUCUGAUAAGGCGCAUACCUUCCAGGAAAUAAGUCCCUUAAAUGAGAAAGAUGUGAAUACAGUAAAUGCUAUAAGAGCAAAAGCAGAGGAAGCUAAGGGGUCAACAACGACUCCCCAGCAGGUGAAAAGUAAAAGAGUGCAGAAACGUCCUCGGCCUGAUACAGGAGAACCACAGACUGGAGGUGAUGGUAUGCCGAGGAAAAAACUAAAUAUUUCACUACCAACUGUCAAAUUAAGUAAAGAACAGAUGAAAGUACUACAGGCAGUGGUAUCAGGACAAAACAUCUUCUUCACCGGAAGUGCAGGUACUGGGAAGUCGUUCCUAUUAAAGCACAUUAUUGGUGCCCUACCCCCAAACAGUACAUUUGUCACAGCAAGCACUGGGGUUGCUGCCUGCCAUAUAGGAGGGACAACUCUACAUCAGUUUGCAGUUUCAGUCACCUGCUUGGAACAGAAGUGUGGGUACAACAUUUGUACUCACUGAGGUCAGGAGGCAGAGUGACCCCAAGUUCAUUCAAGCAUUACAAUAUAUACGUACUGGAAGGUGUCCACCAGAUGUACAGAAGCAACUAACAGCAACUGCAUCACACUCAAUAGAUAGUGGUGGUAUCCUAGCAACCAGACUUUGUACACACAAGGAAGAUGUCAAUCAAAUCAAUGAAAUUCAUCUUCAGAAACUUGAAGGAGAGCCUCGGUUGUUUAGUGCUUUUGACAGCAACCCAGAUCUCUCUCAUCAUAUUGACAAGCAUUGUCCUGUGGAGGAGAAAAUUACACUGAAGGUUGGAGCACAGGGUAUGUCUCUAGAUUGUGUUGAAAUUUCCCUGUCGAAAGUUUUCGAGUGCGGCCAAGCAUACGUAGCUUUAUCAAGGGCACGCAGUCUAGAAGGACUGCGUGUGGUGGAUUUUGAAAAGUCGUGUGUCAGAGCGCACCCAGAUGUUUUGAAAUUUUACCACAAUCUGCAAGUACGUCAGCAAAUGAUGGUACAGGCACCUAUCAAGAAAUAUGGAAAAGAGAGUAACUCAUUACGGUGAUACAGGUGCAUGUCAAGAAGAAUUUAAAUGAGACUUAACUUAUUACAAUAAUGCAGGUGCUGAUCAAGAAAUAUGUAAAUGAGACUAACUUAUUAAACUAGUGCAUGUACAUUUUAUCAUAAAAUAUGUAAAUGAAACUAAUUUAUUUUGAAAAUGGAGGUGAUUUAUUAAUAACAAUGGUAGAAAUACUUAUUACAUAGAUGUUGAUGCCAAUCAAGAAAUAUGUAAAUGAGACUAAUGAUGAUCCAGGUGCCUAUCCAGAAUUAUGUAAAUGAGAUUAAAUUAUUACGGUAAUGCAAAGCUUUGAUCAUGAAGGAUAACAAUUUUGACAUCAUUUAUUAUGGUGGUAAGUGAAUUGAUAAUAUUAAAUGUAAAAACAAUAUUUUACUGAACAUUAUGAAGAGAUAAAAUGUUUGCAAUGCAAUGAUUUUAUAUGAGGCAAUAGAGUAAUAUCCCUCCUUUGGGAUACUCCAUUAAGGGGACACCCUAAUAAGGGAACAUUUUUUAGGAAAAGGGGGCUGGGGACACAAAUAUCAGAAAUGUACAUCUCUUAAAACUGCAGCCAAUCCUUAAUAAGGGAACACUUUUUUUUGUUCCUUAAGUUGUCCCCUUAAUAGGGGAUUUAGUGUAUUGUAUUUUCAAUAGUGUUUGUGUAUGUACAGUAUUAUAUUUGUAAAAUCAAAUUACUAAAUUAAUCUUCAUAUUAUUUCUAUAUUAUUAUUAUUAUUAUUAUUAUUAUUAUUAUUAUUAUUAUUAUUAUUAUUAUUAUUAUUAUCAUGAUGAUUACAGGUCUCCCUCCAAUUAAAAACAACUUUUAAGAUUUUAAUGGUCUUUGGUCCUUAAUUAGAAAAAUAAUAACAAAUAAUUUUCAUUAUUAUUCUCUUUCAAGAAGUGAAACAUAUAGAAUGGUUCUACAUAAUUUUUUUUUAGAUAUAAUUUGCCCUGCAUAUAUGUAUUAUUAUUGACCGUGUUUACAGUGAUUUGUGUUAUCAUGGACAUUAAAAAUGAUGUACUGUGAUUGUAUUGUCAAAUGCAAAGCAUCUUAAAAUUCUAAAAGUUAAGUUGGUAAAGUAUUACAGUAUCCUCAUCAGCACCUUUUUUGGACAGGUGCUGCAACCACUUUUUUUCUUAACCACAAAAUUAAAAUAUACCUGUGUCCCUCAAUAAUGAGUAUUGAAAAAAGUCCUCACACGCACAAUAUUAUAUACAUUGUAUGCAUGUAGAUUUGUAAAAAAAAUUGUAAAUAAAUUAUGAUACAGAAUCUCAAA